AUGUCUGCCGAAGCAGGACCCAGCAACCUCGUCGAGGUCACCUCGCCCGAGCAUUUCACCGAGAUCAUGCAGAAGGACUUGACGCGGGUCGCGCUGCUCAACUUUUACGCUCCCUGGGCUGAACCGUGCAAGCAGAUGAACGAGGUGGUUCGUGAGAUUGCCAUCAAGUAUCCCCAGGUGCUUUGCCUUGCCAUCGAGGCCGAGUCGCUUCCGGAUGUUUCCGAAUCGUUUGACAUUGAAGCGGUGCCGUCCUUUGUACUGCUUCGUGGACACACGCUGCUCUCGCGCAUCAGUGGCGCAAACGCAUCCGCGCUCUCGGCAGCGGUGGCAACACACGCUACUCCUGCUCGAUCCAACGGCACCGGCAGCGUCUCCAAGACUUCGGCCACCCCGCGUGCCGCGUCCGACGUCUACGACGCCUCUGAAUCCACACGAAACGGUGGUGCGUCUGCAUACGCUGACGAGGAAGAGGAGGACAACGUAGUCCCCGAAACAGAAGAAGAGAUCUUUGCACGAUGCAAGAAGCUCAUGGAGCAGAGUAGGGUCAUGCUGUUCAUGAAGGGCGACCCGGAGACGCCUCGUUGUGGGUUUAGCCAGAAGACAGUCAACCUGUUGAGGCAGGAGAAGGUGGAUUUCGGCCAUUACGACAUUCUCAAGGACGAAAACGUACGCCAGGGACUCAAGAAGCUCAACGAGUGGCCGACCUUCCCUCAAAUCAUUGUCAACGGCGAGCUCAUUGGAGGUCUGGAUAUUCUCAAGGAGAGCAUUGAGAGCGGAGAGUUCCAGGAGAUGCUCGAGGCCUAG